UAUUCGACUUGUUCAGCUUUCGGACUCGCCAUUUACCUACCUCUCUAAUUUCAAUUUACCUCGGUCUCGCCGUGGUCUAGUCCUACCCAAGAGCCGGCUCUGCCUCCCCUCGCGACGAUGUGCCGGCCAUAUACUAACAGAACCUACGUGCUCCCUAUACAACAAUCACCACCACCGACGAUUCCGUGUCGCGACACCGUCGACCUUCUGGAUUGAGCCGCCCCUCUCCAACAGAUCCCCAAUGGAAAUGUGCGUAGCUGCACGAGCGUCGGCGUGAGUCAGCGGAGAUCGGAGAUGGCAACGCUGGCAUGCGCAAAUCCUUCGAUAUUGGGGGAAAAGUCCAUAGAGACCGGGAUAAACGUAAGCAUAUAGAUAGGUAUAUAGAUUUAUAGCCCUGCGGUGUAUAUCCGUGUGAAUAAAGGGGCGAUUUCGAUACAUUUGAGUCCUCUUGGUAUUUGAAUUGGUUUUUUGAAGGAUCAUGUCGUCGGCCUCGAACACGAUUGGCACCGAGGAAUCGGCUCGGAUGGGACUCCGGGACUUGUUGCCCACCUUGUAUCUAGGCUCCUGGAAACCCGGUCCUCUGAACUCCCUGACAGACGUCCCGGGCGUCCUGGUCCACUCGCAAGAGAUCUUUGCCAACAAUGGCGCCGUGAACACGGGUGUGACCAGUAUCCUGCCCUGCAGAGACUGGUUUUACAAGGCUUGCUACUCGGGCAUAUUCAGAUUCAACGGUUCCGGCGAGAUGACCGGCAGCCACUGGAUCGAGGAGACGGGCCUCCUGCACUCGCCUAUCGUCAUCACCAACUCGUUCGCCGUCGGCGCGGCAUACCAAGGGAUCUACGAAUACGCCCUGAAGCAUUUAGGAACCACCAAGGGAAGCGUGGACUGGUUCUUGCUGCCCGUAGUGGCGGAAACCUUCGAUGGAUACCUAAACGAUCUGACUCAAUUUGCGGUCACGCCCCAACACAUUGUCAGGGGUUUAGAAAACGUGUCGAGUAACCCCGUAAGAGAGGGCAAUGUCGGAGGAGGGACUGGAAUGAUUUGUCAUUAUUUCAAGGGCGGAACUGGCAGCAGCAGCCGAGUCGUCGAGGGCCUCGACGUCAAAGGUGACCCUAAGACAUACACGGUUGGCGUGCUGGUCCAGGCCAACUACGGCCGGCCACACCAUUUUCGCAUUGCCGGGGUACCGGUGGGCAGGAUCCUGGCUGAAGAAGCUGAGGAGGCUGCCAAGAGCAACCCGGCCAUAAAGAUGGCUCGAGAAGAACUCGAAAGGGAAAGGGACAGGAAAGACGGGAGCAUCAUUGUCAUCAUCGCGACAGACGCACCUCUGCAUCCUAUUCAGCUCCAGCGGCUCGCUAAGCGAGCGACGGUAGGCUUAUCCAGGGUUGGUGGUUAUGGGCAUAAUCCUUCAGGAGACAUCUUCCUCGCUUUCUCGACCGGCAACGCGAUCCCCGUCCAAUCGAUAUCGAUGGAACGACGGGCCGUCGACCCUUACAAGCCCACGCCCGUCGCAGUAGACAUCGUCGACGAUUCCUCGAUCAAUGGCCUCUUCGAGGCGGCUGCCGACGCCACGGAGGAGUCCAUAUACAAUGCUCUCUGCAUGGCGGAAACUAUGGUCGGGAACGGAGGGCGCCGGAUCGAGGCGCUUCCUCUGGGAAGGGUGAGAGCCAUCAUGGAGCGAUGGCGCUGAUCACGGGGGGGGAGGUAGUCUUCGCCGACGCACACGCCGAACUACGGCCUCCCGCUUGAGAAUUAAUACGCGAGCUUACGGCAACUUAAAAAUCGAGGUAUUAUGCAAUAUGUAUGGCAUGAUAUUUGGGAGACCUCAAUCGUCACCAUCUUCUCCUCACCUCACUGCAUUUCCUAGGGAAGCGCCACGGGAGAAGAGUUUCUGCUUUUUCUUUGGUUGAAUUCUUCGGGCACGGUAUCUCCUACUGGAGGACGUGAGAGGAAAUUAGAAAAGAAAUAGAGGGAGAAAUAGAAGCCAGAUGCAAGAAGAGGGGU